CUGCCGUUAGGAUUAAUGGCCUAACCAAGGGAGAUUUUUGGCGUCGUUGGAUGAGUACACGACACGAUUGAUCCUCCUUUACCGGAGGAGGAGGUGUAUAGACUAAAGAACUGACGAUGGUGUACUUGGCAUCACAGUAUCCGAUCGAUCCCCCACUAUAAAUAUAGUCUCUCGCUUUCAUCUACGAGCACCAUUGGCUUUGCGAUCUGCGUAUCGUCAUUACAUUUCAAAGCGCUCUAGUGUUGCUUCUGUCUGCUUUCUGGGUUCAUGCAGGGAAUCUUCGAAGCAAGAAUUUUCGUGUUUUCCUUUCUAAGAAAGGCGAACUUACUGCACCGUUAAAGAGGGACCAGGAGGAAGAAAAGAAAGAAGAGAUGACGAUCAAACCGGUUGUAAAAAUCUCCGAACGGAAGCUAAUCGUCAAAGACAGGACGAUUCUGACGGGAGUACCAGACAAUGUGAUCGCCACGUCUGGUUCAGCCUCCGGACCUGUGGAGGGAAUGUUCCUCGGCGCAGCGUUUGAGGAGGAGAACUACAAGCAAGUGAUCCGGUUAGGCACUUUGCGUGAAGUGCGGUUCAUGGCUUGCUUCCGGUUCAAGCUAUGGUGGAUGGCCCAAAAAAUGGGCGACCAAGGGAGAGAAAUUCCUCUCGAGACUCAAUUCCUUCUCGUGGAAACUAAAGAUGGGACCCACCUUGAAUCCGACGACGGAAACGAGGAGAAUCAGAUCGUCUACACUGUUUUCCUCCCUCUGAUCGAAGGAUCUUUCCGGGCUUGCCUUCAGGGCAAUGUCAACGACGAGCUCGAGCUUUGCCUCGAGAGUGGCGACAACGACACCAAAGCGUCGUCCUUUCAGCACCCUCUCUUCAUAUACGCCGGGACCGACCCUUUCCUCACAAUUCAGGAGGCAGUCAAAGCCGUCAAGCUCCACUUGAAGACUUUCAGGCAGCGUCAUGAGAAAAAAUUGCCUGCAAUCGUUGAUUACUUCGGUUGGUGCACCUGGGACGCCUUUUACCAAGAUGUGACACAGGAAGGCGUCGAAUCCGGCCUCGACAGCCUCUCCGCAGGUGGUAUUCCGCCGAAGUUCGUGAUCAUAGACGACGGAUGGCAAUCAGUCAGCGGCGAUCCACGAGAAGAAGAUACCAGUAAUCAGGAGAACAAACCUUCUCCGUUGCUGAGGUUGACCGGGAUCAAGGAAAACUCCAAGUUUCAAAAGAAGGACGAUCCAACAGUCGGGAUCAAGAACAUCGUGAACAUAGCAAAGGAGAAGCACGGUUUGCUGUACGUGUACGUGUGGCACGCGAUUACUGGAUACUGGGGCGGAGUCCGACCCGGAGUGAAGGAGAUGGAGGAAUAUGAUUCGUCGUUGAAGUACCCGAUGCUGACCAAAGGUGUUGUCGAGAACGAGCCGACGUGGAAGAACGACGCAAUAGCGGUUCAGGGAGUCGGGGUAGUGAACCCCAGAAAGGUUUACAAAUUCUACAACGAGCUUCACAGUUAUCUGGCGUCUGCAGGCAUAGAUGGUGUUAAAGUGGACGUGCAGUGCCUAUUGGAGACUCUCGGAGCUGGGUUUGGUGGCCGGGUCGAGUUGACCAGGCAAUACCAUCAAGCCCUUGAUGCGUCGGUUGCAAGGAAUUUCUCUGACAAUGGUUGCAUCGCUUGCAUGAGCCACAAUACUGAUGCACUCUAUUGCUCCAAACAGACGGCGGUGGUGAGAGGAUCGGAUGAUUUCUAUCCUCGUGAUCCUACUUCUCACACCAUUCACAUAGCUGCCGUUGCAUACAACAGUGUGUUCCUAGGAGAGUUCAUGCAACCUGACUGGGACAUGUUUCACUCUCUCCAUCCAGCGGGUGAAUACCACGCAUCUGCCAGAGCCAUCAGCGGUGGGCCCGUCUACGUUAGUGAUGCGCCUGGAAAGCACAACUUUGAGCUGCUAAAGAAGCUGGUCCUGCCUGAUGGGUCAAUUCUUAGGGCCCGUUUACCUGGCCGGCCCACUAAAGAUUGUUUAUUCACUGACCCAGCCCGUGAUGGUGUUAGCCUGUUGAAAAUAUGGAACAUGAACAAGUACAGUGGGGUGCUGGGAGUCUACAACUGCCAAGGAGCAGCAUGGAACAGUGUUGAAAGGAAGAACACCUUCCACCAAACUGGAAGUGAGGCCUUAACCGGUGCCAUCCGGGCUCGAGAUGUCCAUCUCAUUGCUGAAGCUGCCACCGACCCUGACUGGAACGGUGAUUGUGUUGUUUACUGUUAUCGGACAGGCGAAGUUGUGAUCUUGCCUUACAAUGCAUCAUUGCCAGUGUCACUUAAGGUCCUUGAGCAUGAAAUUUUCACUGUGACACCGAUCAAAGUGGUAGCUCCUGGCUUCAGCUUUGCACCUUUGGGACUGAUCAAUAUGCUCAAUGCUGGUGGUGCCAUUGAUGGGCUUGAAUACCAACUCAAAGAUGGAACUUUCAAAGUUUCAAUGGAGGCUAAAGGGUGUGGAAAGUUUGGUGCUUACUCAUCAGCUCAGCCGAAACGGGUCAUUGUGGAUUCCAUUGAUGUGGAAUUUGAGUAUGAUUCAUCGUCCGGGUUGGUGAAAUUCAACUUGGACAGUAUGCCCGAGGAGGGCAAGAAACAUGUAGUUGUAGUAGAGUAG